AUGGCUCUAGAUCUCAGAACAUCCUGUUGGCGUGACUCCCGCAGGAAGGCUCCUGGGUCGGGACAUGCGGAGCCUGAACGCGCCCGAGCACCUGGGUUCCCGAAGCGAGGCGGGUCCUCCGGGCUCCCGAGCUCGGCGCUCGGCGUCUUUCCCUACAGCAACAGCUCCUACGUUCGGCAGGAGCUGCAGAGACUCCAGAAGGCGUUUCACCGGUGGCUGCGGCCAGAGCAGCACAGCAAGGACGAGAUGAUUGCCCAGCUGGCCCGGGAGCAGUUCCUGAUGGACGAGCGCCGCAGGGACUCGUCCGUGUGGAGGGAGGAGUGGGAUUCAGGAGGCAGAAGCCUGGAGAAGUUCAUGGAGGACCUGGCCGAUGACUGCAUGGAGCCGCCCGGCUACGUCCACGUCUACAUGCAGGGACAGGAAGCCCUCUUUUCAGAGAAUAUGCCCUUAAGAGAUGUCGUUGGUCUCCUCACAAAACAGUUGACAACAGGGAACCCAACAGGAAAGAACAUGAGGAGUCCCAUCAAGACACCCCAAGAUCCUUCCACAGCAACAGAACGAGGCGAAGAUAGAGAAGACAGCAGCAACCUUUCUUUGAAAACUCUGCAUGAACAUGAUGGUAUCACCAGCCAGUGCAAUCAAGUGCCUUCCCUACGGAUUAUCCAGGAAGAGACCUGUGCCAAACCUGAAGAAGACAACCGAGAAAGCUCCAGAAGACUAAGCCUGGGCACCUCCAGGCCCCAGGAAAGGGCCCUGGGAGGAGCCUCCCGUCAAGAUGUCCCUAUGGAGGUGCAACCAGGACUUAGCUCCAGGCCAGAUCCAGCCACCUCUGAGGCUGCCCCCACCCACCAGAGCAAUGGCGGGAAGUCCCCAGGUGGGGGCCACCAAGAGAGAUUUCACAAGACCCCAAAACCAUACAGAUGUGAAGACUGUCCCAGGAUCUUUAGGUAUCUCUCUCAGUUAGAAGCCCACCAGAGAAGACACAGAAACGAGAGGCCGUUCAUUUGUACCGAGUGCCACAAGGGCUUCUUCCAGACGUCAGACCUGCGGGUGCACCAGGUGAUUCACAAGAGGGAGAGGCCCUUCCCAUGCAGCACGUGUGACAAGUCCUUCAGCCACAGAACCAACUUGCGGGCUCACGAGAGAAUCCACACGGGAGAGAAGCCCUACCUGUGUUCCCUUUGUGGGAGAAGCUACCGUCAGUCAUCCACGUACCACCGCCACGUGAGGACUCACAAGAAAGAUAGAUAG